UGAAGAACAACUUAAUUCAACCGUAAAUUUCUGCGCUUAUAAAUACUAUUAGAAAUUAAAACGAACGAAUGAAGCUUCUUACAUCAUUUGCUUUCACGAAGUGCAAAGAAAGUUAUCUUAGCAAAAUGAUGAAAUCAGUCAUUCUUUUCAUCUUGGUUGCUGUUUCUGCAGCUGAUGUCGUUUCCAAACAGAAAGCAAUAAUUUCCCACAAAUCGAAACAUGGGGAUGGAGUAAGCUCUCGUUAUUUUGAUAAAGUUGAAGCACCCGGGUCUUAUGGACUUAAAUAUGAUGAUGAUCUUAAAUACGGACCUGCUUAUGAUUUGAUGUAUGAUGGUCUGAAGUACGGUCCUGAUUAUGAUGUGAAGUUCGAUGGUCUAAAGUACGGCCCUGCGUAUGGCUUGAAGUAUGAUGGUCUCAAAUACGGACCUGCUUAUUUGAAGUAUGAUGGUCUCAAGUACGGCCCUGUUUAUGAUUUGAAGUAUGGCGUGAAGUAUGACCCAUUGUAUGGUUUGAAGUAUGAUGGUCUUAAAUAUGGUCCCGCUUAUGAUUUGAAGUAUGAUGGUCUCAAGUACGGUCCUGCUUAUGAUUUGAAAUAUGAUGGUGUUAAGUACGCCCCAUUGUAUGGCAUGAAGUAUGAUGGACUUAAAUACGGUCCUGUUUAUGGAUUGAAGCAUGAUGGACUUAAAUACGGCCCUGCUUAUGGAUUGAAGUAUGGUGGAUAUGGUGCAGGUCUUGGUUUAGGUUAUAGUCUAGGAUAUGGAGGUUAUGGAUGGGCUUAUCCAGGUGUCUAUACCGCUGUAACUGUUUAAAGAGAUAAUUAAUAAGAGAUUACAAGUGGUUCCUUUUUCUCCCGAUUCUAUUUUGAAAUGUUUUUUUCGUGGUUUCUUCUGAUUUUCAGCUCAUUACCUAAAGAUGAUAUCUGAUUUUUCUUUCUCUUCUUUUUGCCAGAAGCAGCAAAAUGUUAUUGGAGAAAAGAAACUGAAUUAGAAACAAGAAUCACAGCUAACGUUUAUCAACCUAUCUAUUUCACUUGCCUUUUGAGAAUGAAAUAAAGGUGUCUUUUUUUCUAAUUA